GCCGAGCGCGGGGAGCAGCGGCCGCGGCGGGGAGGGGGGGGGGGGGGGGACGGCACCGCCUCGGGCGCUCGUGCGAGGGUCCGCGGCCCGCGCUUUGCCUUCUACUCAUCUGCAGCCCUCUACAUUUUUUCUUUUCUUUUUUCCUUUCUUCUUCUUCUUUCCCCCACUUGCAAUUCUGCACCUUUUGCAAGUCCGAGUGACUGGAGGCAGGUGAGAGCAUCCUGCACAGGGUCGGAGGAUCUGGCGGCGCUGAGUGAGUGCGCUUUCCCGGGACUGUCAGCACCGAGAACCCGAAAGUUUUUUUUGUUUUGUUUUGUUUUUAAUUUGUAUUUUUUUUUAUUUUGAUAUUUGUAUGCUGGUGUAUUUACAAAGACAGAAGUAAUUUUUUUGUUCUUCCUUGUCUGCAACUGUUUUGAAAGCGAGCACUUUUGGUUGGCAAAGGACGGAGGAAAAAGCUCAUCAACAUUUCGGGGCGGCGAUUGGCCUUCUUUUUAAAAGACAGUUGAGUGCAUCACGAUGGAGAAAAUGUCCCGACAGCUCCCCCUGAACCCCACCUUUAUCCCGCCUCCCUACGGCGUGCUCAGGUCCCUGCUGGAGAACCCGCUGAAGCUCCCCCUUCAUCCUGAAGACGCAUUUAGCAAAGAUAAAGACAAAGGAAAGAAGCUGGAUGAGGAGAGCAACAGCCCGACCGUCCCCCAGUCGGCCUUCCUGGGACCCACCUUAUGGGACAAAACCCUUCCCUAUGACGGAGAUACUUUCCAGUUGGAAUACAUGGACCUGGAGGAAUUUCUGUCAGAAAAUGGCAUCCCCCCCAGCCCAUCGCAGCAUGACCACAGCCCUCACCCUCCUGGGUUGCAACCGGCGUCCUCCACGGCUCCCUCGGUCAUGGACCUCAGCAGCCGGGCCUCUGCACCCCUCCAUCCUGGCAUCCCAUCUCCGAACUGUAUGCAGAGCCCUAUCAGACCAGGCCAGCUGUUACCGGCAAACCGAAAUACACCGAGUCCCAUUGACCCUGACGCCAUCCAGGUCCCUGUUGGGUAUGAACCAGACCCAGCAGACCUUGCCCUCUCCAGUAUCCCGGGGCAGGAAAUGUUUGACCCUCGCAAACGCAAGUUCUCCGAGGAAGAACUGAAGCCACAGCCCAUGAUUAAGAAAGCUCGCAAAGUCUUCAUCCCAGAUGAUUUGAAGCAGGAUGACAAGUACUGGGCGAGGCGCAGAAAGAACAAUAUGGCGGCCAAGCGCUCCCGUGAUGCCCGGCGGCUGAAGGAGAACCAGAUUGCAAUCCGGGCCUCGUUCCUGGAGAAGGAGAACUCAGCCCUCCGCCAGGAGGUGGCUGAUUUAAGGAAGGAGCUGGGCAAAUGCAAGAACAUACUUGCCAAGUACGAGGCCAGGCACGGGCCCCUGUAGGAUGGCAUUCUUGUGGGCUGGCUUUUAAUAGAUGGACAGCUUGUUUCCUGUCUGGUAGCACCACACCCAAAACCAACCUUUCCGACAUCAGCACUUUACCAGAGGCAUAAAUGCAAACUGACUCAUACUUCGGUGUGCAACUGUGUGUAUGUGUGUGUGUGUGUACACGUGCUUAUGGUCCCAUGUGUGGUCAGCGGUGUGCAUGUGUGCGUGUGUGUAUGUGUGUGUAUUCCUUCACAUUUGCCACUUAAAGAUAGUCCUCUUGUCUUUUAGUUCCAAACAAGAACGGUGCCAUGUUUUUAUUAGACUCUGGAGACUCCUGUGGGGUUUCCUCCCCUCCCUUCUCCGCUCCUGCCCCUUCCCACCUUGCUUCGUGUUCCAGCAAACUCACUUUUCCAGGGGCUGUGUGGCUACAGGAAGUGGGACCCCUGGUAAAGCUGUGGAUCUCAGUUAUCUAGAACAUAUGCUCUUGUUUCUGUUUCAACCAGGAGUUGCCAUGCUAAACAGGUGCACAACAUACCCUAGCACUACGCUGCAGCUGAAUUCCUUCAUAGGUUGCCCCCCUCCCUGCCCACCCUCACCUCAUCUACCCUUUCUCGUUUUCCUUUCAGUUUUGGUGAUAAUUGUCUUCAAAUCUAAAGUGCUGUUUAGAUUUAGUAGAUCCCAUAUUUACUUACUGCUACCUACUAAGUUUCCUUUUAAUUCUACCAACCCCAGAUAAGUAAGUACCAUUAUAGAACAGAGUGUGUUCUGCACUGUCUCUACCUAAAGCAAUAAUCCUAGUGUACGCUAGAGCAUGCUGCCUGAGUAUUACUAGUGGACGUAGGAAAUUUUCCCGACCUAGGAAUUUCACUGUCUUUUUAAAAAAUCAAAAUUAAAGUAAUGCAUUUGCGCAUGACCAGAAUAUUCUCAGGACAGGGAAGCAGAGGGCAAUGGGAGGCCUAAGAAUGAGGGGUUGAGUUAUCAGUAUGUAAGCCAAAAUAAUAAUAAUAAUGAUAAUAAUGCAUCUUGGAGAAGCCUUUGCCAUGGAUGUGCUUCGUUUUGCUCCCUCCCUUCUCCCACAUCCAGCUCACUCCCACUUUUCUAGUUAACAUGUCCCUCUUGAUAUUCAAAAUGAUUGAAUUACUUAAGAUUCAGUUCACCCACUUUUUUUGUAAUAUAUAUUUUGGGGAGGAUAUUUUGCUGUUUUUAGAAAUCAGUUAAUUAAGUUAAAGGGUUGAUGUUUUGUAAAGCCCCCUUCCCCCUGUGGUGUCCUUUUUGAAUGCCUCACAAAUCAAUGAUUCUGGAGCCUGUGUUUCUUACCCUCUGUUUGCUUUUGAACAUAUGUGCGCCUAUCAAGUGGACUUCUGAAAAAAAAUGAAUGUAAAAGACACUGGUGUAUCUCAGAAGGGGAUGGUGUUGUCACAAACUGUGGUUUAUCCAAUCAAUUUAAAUGUUUACUAUAGACCAAAAGGAGAGAUUAUUAAAUUGUUUAAUGUUUAUACAGAGUAAUUAUAGGAAGUUCUUUUUUGUACAGUAUUUUUCAGAUAUAAAUACUGACAAUGUAUUUUGGAAGACAUAUAUUAUAUAUAGAAAAGAGAAAAAAAGGAAAACUAUUCCAUGUUUUAAAAUUAUAUAGCAAAGAUAUAUAUUCACCAAUGCUGUUCAGAGGAGUGCUUGGGGGUUUUUGAAGUCUUUAAUAUUUUAAACCUAUUACUGACACAUCAGCAUGUUUUCUGCUUAAAAUUAAAAUUUUAUGACAAUAUUGAGGUUUGCUGUGACGAAUCCUGCUCCAGCGCUUUCUUGUUUCUUAUUAGGUCUCAGAAGGAAGUCAGUUAACGUCACCCAAAAGCACAAAAUGGGUUUUAGUCAAAUAUUUAUUGGAUGAUACAGUGUUUUUUAGGAAAAGCAUCUGCCACAUAAAAUGUUCACUUCAGAAUUCUGAGUUGCUGGAUUGGAGUGUUGUUGCCAGAGCCCCAAAUGCUUUGGUUCUUGUUUAGCCUGUGCAUCUCAUGCACUGCAAGGUUGACCUCAGUGCUUGUGCAUCUCAUGCACUACAAGGUUGACCUCGGUGCCUGUGCAUCUCAUGCACUGCAAGAUUGACCUCGGUGCUAUGUGUAUGGCUUAUGAUUUGAUAGAUGUUUUGACUCUAAAGAUGGUUGUUCUUUUGUUUCACUGAGUUGUAUGAUGUCAAGAGAGUCUGCUGCUGCUUCAGAGGCACAUUUUGUGCUUGAUUAAAAUCCCCUUUCAUCCAUGGAUGUUUUCCAGUUUCCUGCCUCCACAGUAUCUGAAUUCUCUGCAGAUCUGGUGAUGCCCUUCUCUUUCCAUCAGCUGCUCUUCUGUCUAGUGUCAGAGUUCUGGAACAUGAGACAUUUAGGAUUUCAGUCCCAGGUACCUAUUUUGUUCCAAGCCACAGACAAUGGUAGGAGAUGAGAGAAUAUGAGACUUGCAAUACAUUUCUCAAGUAAAUUACUAAUAAAAAAAUACUUUGACGGCCUUACAUAGAAAUGAAUAAGAGAUAAUUCAGUAAUAGCCAUGAGAUGACAAAGAGUUGGUCUUUUUGAAGAUAAAGAGGCUGAUUGCAGAACUGUUCAAUGACAGUAUUCAUUACAGCAAAGAUGAAUAUAUUUAAACUGAAGUAGAGAAUUGUUGAAGUGUUGUACUGUGGACCAUCCAGAUUCAAAUGGAACUAUUAAGUGGUAACUGACAGAAGAGCAUACCUGGUCUUUCUUGGAAUUGUUUGUACCAAGUGAACAUUACAAAUGUUUUCUGCAGAAGACAUAAAAAGAUCAUAAUAAAACUUAUUCUUUUCUAUGCCAGGGAAGGUUUUAGGAACUUACCUCAUUCAAAACAAAACAAAACACCACCACUUUGGAGUCUCCACAGGUGCCUUAUAUAUAGGUCAUUAUCACCCCCUCCUUCCCCUGGCAGACUUCUGUCUGUCUGGGGACAUUAGAACAAUGAUGCUCAAUGUCCCAAGAAGCUAGGGCCCAGGGUCAGAUGACUACAGCAGAUCACGGCCAUUAGGAAAGUCCUGUUUUCAACAGUCACCAUUUCAACCUAGGCAUCUUUCAAUGAUUAUUUGGCCAUUAAAAAUGCAUCCAAGCGGUAGCAUGCUAUGUCAUCUAGACAUAAUUUGAAAUGAACAGUAUAGCACUUCUUUACCAGGUCAUGUCAUCUCAUUUUCAACUAUUUUCAAAGAAAGUAAAAAGCAAAAACAAACAAAAAUGAAUCAGUGUGUCUCUCUGCUCAUGCUACCUUGAAGGAAUGGGAGGGCUAUAAAUAAGUCUCUGACUCUAGAUGAAGUGGUACCUUGGAACAUUCACAAACCACAUCAGGUAUGGCUGAGCUAGGCCUUUGUCUGUAAAUAUACAGGACUUUAAAGAACCAUCCCUUGAAGCAGAAGGACCCCGUGUCUGAGAAAGUCAGGAUGGAAUUCAGUCACGGGCUGAGUGGGAACUAGAUUAGGGAACCCAGAGGUUCCUUCUAACCCAUUAGCUUACUGUGGGAACUUACAGUAAUUCUAAAUAUACCUUUGAAGGGGCCAUAGCCUUGUUUUGGGGAGAGCUGUGGGGAGUGUGGGGGGACAAAGUUAUAGAUGGCAACUUCUCUCCUGCCCAAGGGUGAAGCAAUUGACAUUGGGCAACAUACAAGUUAGGUGUUGAUGUUUCUACAAGUUCAUCUAUUUGUCCUUGUUCCUUGGAAGAAAAACUCAAACUUUGUCAGAGUUAAAUAUGAGAUCUGCAAGCAGUGGCCAACUGGACUGUAUGUGGCCUGUCUCCAUAGGCCAGGAUUUAACUUGGAGGUUGUCCCCUGGCAGGUGACUGAGCUGAGGUGUGAUGCCUUCCCUGUGGUAGAUACCUUCCGCUCCGGCUCUGAAGGUGCAUGUUUCCUGCUGAGGACUCCUCAGGACAUCCCUCUGGUGAAGCCAAAUUCAACUCCAGAUGUUUGGUAAAAAUCACUGUCAUUACCAAAUGAACAAAAACAUGGGUCUUGAUGGAUUAAAGUUUUAGUAACUACAGCCAAUGCAUUUUUGCCAAAGUGUACGCAAGGCAAUGUGUGUUUGUGUAUGGAUAUAUAAGUGGAGACAUAAAAUCUGUAAAUUUUUUAGCACCUCACCAGAUGUAACAAUUAGCUAGUAUCCUUCCGGCAACACCACAAAGAUGGCAUCUGUUAAACAGGUUCAAAUUAGCUGGAGGUUAGUGUAAUUGUACACCAUGACACGUAGGUGGUAUUUAUGCUGUCAAGUCCAAAACUUUAUUUGUUCUUCUAAAUGUUUAAUAAACUGAUUCUUUUCCUUUU